AUAUCGGUGUCCAUCUGCUUUUAUGGUGGACAACUACCCACCAUGCUGUGCUUCACUCUUGAUUUUUACAGCCGUGCGGUUGUUCGACGGUCGGCUGACAACGACCCUGAAAUUCGCAUUUUUUUUUCUGGCAGUUGUUCGUUGAGGACGCUUCUGUCCUUUCAUGACUGAAAAAAUGGCAUCCAGUCCUCCGAACAAUUUCUCCUGGGUGGUCCCGGGGAAAGUGGCCGGACUGGCCCUUCCCAGGAUGACGGCGGAGUACCAGUACCUGCUGGACCACGGCGUCCAACACCUUGUGUGCCUGUGCGAGCGCAAGCCGCCCCAUUACGACACGUGCCCUAAAUUGCGGCUGCAUCACAUCAAGAUCGCCGACUUCACGCCGCCCUCGCCGCCGCAGAUCGAUAAGUUCCUGGCCAUCGUGGAGGAGGCCAACACCAAAGGAGAGGGCGUGGCGGUCCACUGCAUGCACGGCCACGGGAGAACCGGCACCAUGCUGGCCUGCUACCUGGUCGAGACGAGGAAAAUGUCCGGAAUCGACGCCAUCAACGAGAUCCGCCGACUGCGCCCGGGCUCCAUCGAAACCCGCGACCAAGAAAAGGCAGUCGUGCAGUUUUAUCAGCGCGUUAAAUAGACCGAGGGAAGUACACCUGUCCACCACUUUUUAGAAAAAUAUCUAUAUUUAUAAUUGCCUACAGGUGCCACCAUUUGGUCUAAAUCACUGUUGGCAAACUGAAGGCCCGGGGGUCAGUUCUGGGCCGCCACGUGAUUUAGGUGGCCCCCUCAAGCAAAUCAUGGGCAUCAACUUUCACGUUUCUUGCUACAAUCGCUACCCAAAUUUUUAACUUUCAUAUUUAAACAAUAAUUGGAUUGGAUUUUCGAAACCAUUUUGGGGAGGGGGGGUUUAACCAAUCACAUUUUUACAAUAAUUUGAGCAAUAGAACAAUUAUUAUCUUUGACUUUGAGUCGAAAAAGGAGGUAGCAAUUAAUUUGUUCAGAAUCUGAAUUUGUUGUAUGUAAUUAUGUAAUAAUAUGAUGAGGCAAUGGAACACUUUGAUGGUUUCACAGUCAUAAUGGCCCACAGGUGUCAAACUCAAGGCCCGGGGGCCCAGAGCUGGCCCGCCACAUGAUUUUAUGCGGCCUGCGAAGGCAAACCAUACGCGUCAACUUCCGUGAUUCUUGUUCAAAUCUGUGCCAAAAUUUCAUAUUGUCAUAUCGUAAACGAUGAUAUUGCAAGUAUUUUUGUGUUACCAGACAUCAACAAUGGUUGGAAAAACCCCGUUACCCUUGAUUUCUGAUUCAAAACUGGUUCAUAAUUUUUAUGUGUAUAAAUAUGAAUUGGGGAUUAAAGAUUUUUAUGUUUUCACAGUCAUAGCGGCCCUCCAAGGGAAACCGUAACCACGAUGUGGGCCCUGACAAAAGUUGCCUCGGGACUUUUGGUCUAAAUCACAGGUGUCAAACUUACGGCCCCAGGGGCCAGAUCUGGCCUGCCGCACGAUUUUAUGCGGCCUGUGAAGGCAAAUCAUUCUUGUCUACUUCCAUGAUUUUUUUUUCACCAAAUUGUCAUAUCGUAAAUGAUGAUAUUUGGAAGUAUUUUUGUGUUAGCAGACAUCAACAAUGGUUGAAAAACCCAAUUACUCUUGAUUUCUGAUUCAAAACCGGUUCAUACAUUUUAUCUGUAUAAAUAUGAAUAUUUUUUCAGUCAUAGCGGCCCUCUGAAGGAAACCACAUCUAUAAUGUGGCCCGUGACAAAAACGAGUCGAAAUGAAGCUUGUUGUAUUAAUAUUUCACCAAAGUUUCUUGCCACCAAAGUGCCAUAAGAUGGCGCCAAAGCAACACUUUUAUUGCUUCGGUUGAGGGUAGGUUCCAAAAAAUAAUCAUAAUCUGUGCAAUAAGUGAACACUAUCAGGAAUGAACACUGACGUGCAAUAUUUAAUACUUUAUUUGAGUACAUAAAUGAGAUAGAUAGGAUCGAGCCAAAAAGAAAGCGACGUUGAAGGAUGCUAAGAUCUGGCGUAUUACAUGUUUCAGGCUUAGGGUCGAACCCUAAACCUCAACCGUUGGGUCCAACCCUAAGCUCUGUAUUGAGAUAUUGAUCUUUUUUUUUUUUUUUUUUUUUAAUUAAAAACAAAAAAAAAAAGUUUGUGAACGCUUCAGCCUUGAAUUAUCCACUGGAUGCCAGCGAAAACAAACGCCGCCGCUCCUUGAAUGGUAGCUUCUCCGGGGCUGAGGUCUUCGGCGUUUUGUCCUCCCAGCACCUGCAGAUGAGCAGUUUUUGGUUUCGUUUUUUUUUUUUUUUUUUUUUUUUCGACUGAACACUCGACUUUCAUUACAAGGGGAACAGGAAACACAACCUCGAGUUUUCAGGGUUUGGUUGCAAAUACAAGACUGUCGCGGUUCGCCGUACGAGUCGUCACCGCUAGAAGCAAAAGAAUAACGAUGACUUACUCUUGAAGCACCGCGUUGUCUUGCAGCCGUCCGCUUAAUACGUCAUCUGCGCAAAAAAAAAAAAAAUUGAAAUGACAAUAAAAUCCUGAGUGAAAACCAAUUAAAGUAUUUGAAUCACUUCAUCAACUGAACCGAUUUGCUAAAACGCGGUACCUGUUUUCCCGACCUUUAGGGUGGUGCCAAGACUUUUGGUCUGCUCUUUCAGAUCGUCAUUUGGGUUCUCCGCUGGGCUUCUCUUUUUCUACGAGAGAGAACAAAUAUUUUAUACAUUUGACACUUUUCAUAUCUGAGGUAGUGAACAAAGUUGAUGUACAAGAAAUUUUGGAUUGUACGUGGUCUAUAUGUACUUGAACUUCAACUGGUCUUUUACCUGGUUAAAUAAAGAUUUUUUUUUUUUU